UGGAUGGAAGUCGUUUAGUAUUUUUUUCAGGUAGAACAAAUCUGCUUGUGUGGAAAAAAUGAGUCGCAGCCAGGUUUAUAUCCACAAUGUGACGGUUGUUUUAGCGUGUAAAAUGGGUGUUUGAAUGAAUUUGCGUGAGUUUGCAGUGAACACGUGUUUCCUCAUAGCAGUGCUGGCAGUGAUUGUCUGCAGUGCAGCUGACCUACUUACACAGGCUGAGGAAGUAGAAGACAGAAAUGCUGCGGUAGGAUCAGAUUAAGACUGAGAGCAAGUUUAUUCAUUGCAGGAGCAGGCACACUACAGCAUAGGAUUUGACUGAUUUCUAGUGUCUAACCCUAAAGUUUUGAUGCUGUGUGUGUUUAGGAUUUAAGAGGCAUUUGUUUCUCCAGAGCGGAAAGUCCCUGGACCGCUUCUCAUGUUGCACAUUCAAAACAUUUAGCGGCUAAGUGCAUCUCAAAUUGUUUGUCUGAAUCAUAUUACUGUAAGUCAAAUGUAAACCAGCAAAAGGCCGAAGGAAAAAUUCCAACAUAGACACAAGCAACAUUCACACUUCUUCAGAACCUCAACAAUACUCGCACUCUGUUUGCUGUGUUUGACAAGCUCACAAAUCCCCCUAAUCAGAUAGCUCCAGAACUACUCACAGCAUAUAAAUGCAAGGAAUUUUCUUUUUUUAGUGAAAAAUAUACAACCCAUCAGGUUAACUGUCAGCAGAAAGCAGCAAAAUGAUCAAAUGAUGCUACAUCGGAAGCCACCCAGGAAAAACUCUAUUACCAUGCCAGAAUUUGAUAUAGGUGACCAAAAAAAACUGUUGCGAAAAUGGUUCAGCAGCUGAAACCAUCAACGAGCUGUCUUAACUCAAUACCAAAACUUUCAAAACUAUUGUAAAAUAUCCCUUGGUAGAGGGCAGACCACCGCCAAGCCAAAAAAUACUGUACAUACAUGAAUCUGAUUCUGAUUCUUCUGAUUUUUAUACAUUUCCGUUUGAUUAGGCCAGUUAAUUGUGUGCUGUUCGUAACCUCGAAACAUCAUGUCUGUACUGUCCUAAACGAGGAUCCGUGUAUGUGGCAAGGCUUUAACUUCCACAACAUGACAGUGGAUAUCAUUCAUCUCCGUGCACCAUUAUGAUUGCCGCGUCCAGUGUCUCGGGGGACACCUUGAUUGCAUGCCACUUCCCGCUGCUUCCACUUCCCGCCUGGCAACUUCCCGUCCAGGCCCUGUGCGGCUCAGCCAGGAGGCCUGGCUCUUCGGGUUUGCCCCGGGCGGCGUCCCUCCCAGAGCAAGACAGGAUAAGCCAGGAGCAUCCCAUCGCUAUCAGUCAUAAGCAUUUUUCCAACAGUUUUGGUAGCCUCAAUGAGGACCGAGUGGAGGAGGAGGAAGAGGAUGCUAGUGACUGCAUCUCCACCUCAUCACCAGAAGAAACUGGAAAGGAAGGGUUUCGAGCAAGAGGAAGUCAGCGCUCGCACAACUCAUUUCUUCCUAAUCCAGACUUUGAUGAGGACGAUGAGGAUAGCGAUGGGGACAACCUUCACAAAUAUCACGAGGAUUCAUCUUUUGUAUUGCACGGGACUUCCACCUGGCACAAAAGCACCGACGACGCUGUGGCCCACGGGAGCAUGGACUGGGGCCAUGAGGACUUACUGCAGGCUCAACCCCUCCAUGUCAUCAGAUCUAGUGUCAUGGCACUGAACAGAAUGCCCAAUCACGUCCCCUGCUGCAUCCACAACCAACACGAGUCUUCUUCAGAAAUGUUGCCCAAUAGUCAAGCCGACUAUGCCAGUGACUCCUCCUGCGGCAGCUCUGAUGGGAUCUUGGUGAACUUCUGCACCAUGUACAACCGGAGCAACAACCCCGCCCUGCCUCAUGACAUCAGCAGCCCGGCGGCUCGCCCCUCUCCGUCAUCUGAGGGAUCCGUAUUCCUCAACCUCCAACCCCUUCCCAGUGAGUGCGAUGACCAAAGUGUGCACAGUCCUCUGAAACCUCAGGAGCUCAACUCAAACUGCACUCUUUACCCCAUUGAACAUCGACCUCCUCCAGGUUUGUCUUCUCUUGAGGUGCCCGACCUGGCUGCCUGUCUCCAAAGCCAAGCCGCCCUGGUCACUGGGACUAAUCAGACGUACUACAAGCUGGUGACCUGUGAUCUUUCAUCCCAGUCGCCCGGUGCAAACUGGCCCAAUGUCACUGACUUCCUUGAGGAUCAGACCAACUUUGUCAGUCCUAAGACAAGACAAGACCAUAUAGACAUGGAGGAUCAACAGAGGGAAGAUCUGCUGACCGAUGACUUUCAACUUGCCAGCACUUCCAAAGAGAAAUCCCCCUCCAGAAUGAAAGACCACAUCCGUAACCGAUGUCACAUUCCCUGUUUUCUUUGCUUCAACCAUAGCUGUACAUGCCAGAGUACAAACUAUACAACUGCCCAAGAACCUUUGACAUUGAACCAGGAACAAUGUAACUUUGAGAAGGGAACAAGUUUUUGCUCCAAUAAACCACAGAGGCCAACAUCGCUACCAAUCCAGCCCAUUGUUCUUGGUCCCAGUGACAAAAGUCACACCAAGGAUCAGCAGUUAGGCUUUCUUGUGGAGCAAUACAUGAAACAAAAUAAUAGCAAGAGGUCUGGUGGCUCCCAACCAGACUUAAAGCCUAAACUAAAGCCGUCAUCAUUAAGUAACCAUUGCUCUAUCUUCAUGGAGGCUUGCUCCAGCUCUGACACCUGCUCCACUUGCACGCCGAGCCCAGAUGGCAUCAACCACCGAAACACGUGGUUUCAGGCCCACCAUAGUCCAUGGACAUCCGAAACAAGUCCAGAUAGAACUCAUACCAGCUCAAAGCUAUAUCAAGACAGAACUUGCCUACAAACUGGUACAGAAUUGUUCUCAGGCCUAUGCCAGCCCAAGUUUGUUCGAAUUCCUACCUACCAGGAUCUUAUAAGCCUAACAACCCCCAAGGAGACCCAUCAAAUUCCUGGUCAGUCCCAGAACCAGAGCUUCUUUGAGUCCAUACUCUCUGAUUCAAUAGCCCAAACCAAUAAACCAUAUCACGCAAACCCUCUCCCACAGACCCCUGAACCUCAAAGCUUUAGUUUAACAAGUGCACUUGCCUCGGUGGCACCUCUUUCCUCUUUGGGUUCUCUGCUCUCAUUUGCUGCUUCUGGUCUACAACAUCAGCAAAGCCUCAAAGGAAUCACUGAGGGUCAACAUGAUGAACAGCUACUGCUGGGUGACAGACCUCCAACAGACCUCUCACCUGACACCCCAUAUGAGUCUCUGUCCAUCAGUCAUCUCCAGAGGAGAGGUUUGCUGAGGUCUGUGAGCAGGGCAGUGGACUUAAUCAUAGCUCAUUUUGGCAACAGCAGAGACCCAAAAGAAAAGAUGCGUCUCGGCAACAGCUAUCUGAGUGCCAUGAUGGCUAGUCUUGUCCUGGAUCACUUGUGUCCAGCCAUCCAGAAUAUUCUCGAAGAUGGCCUCAGAGAUCACAAAUUAGACGUUGUCAUCGGUCAGCGUCGUAACUCCUCCUGGACCGUAGUGGAAGUCUCUACCAAGCCUGGUCCAAGCACCAAGGUUCUCUCCAGCCUGGUUUGUAAAAUCCUCAAGUGUCCACAACUAAGCAGCCACAGCAUGAGACUGAAGGCCUACAUCAUGGGCUUGCUUAAUUUGAGAGCUUUGGAAUUCUGGCUCAUUCACCUCCACAGUCAAAAAGAUGUGGUGACUUCACACUACCACGGUUGGGGCUUCCUGUCCAUGUCGCUGGGUCGAUGUCAGCCUUUGUUUCAUGAGCUUCUGCUUCUCCUGCAGCCUCUCUCCGUCUUGCCCUUUGAGCUCGAUUUGCUGCUGGAGCCCAGGUUGUUACGUAACGGACAAGCAUGCCCACUGGGGGACUGUGUUUCCCCUCUUCCGCCCUUCGCAGGAAUCUCAGGCCACCAGACCAAUGGGCAUCUACAAGAUAGUUUUCAGAAUACAGCUUUCAGUGAGAAGAAAUGUGAAGUAAGGCAGGUCAACAGGAGCCAGGUGGUGUUUACUUCUCCAGAGUGGAGGAAUUUGGGGGAAUGCGUGGUUGAAGGGAGUGGCUGCAGCCAGAACUGUCUAGAUGCUACACCUCCAGUAAGUAUGGACUGCAGGGACAUGGAGAAAGACAAUGGAACCACAGCUAGUACUCAGGUUGAGAGACCUUACCAAGGUGGACUGCGCUGGGCCAAACUUUUUGGAGCUGCAAACACUUCCACCAGGCUGCGGACGACUUCUCAGAGUCAAGUCAAAGGGUGCCAUCGUCCGUCACAGUGGCUGCAUCUGGACAGAUCACACCUUGGACUCUUGACUCAGUCCAUCAGGUCAUUGAAGCCUUGAUGCAGUCAGUCUAACAAAGACUGCAGAGAGAAUUUUUCACAGAAAGUCUUCCAGAGGACGCCACAGCUAAGAACACAGCACUCAGUCGUUCUGCUGCACUAAUCACAGAGAACACGAAUAACAAGAUUAACAGCUUUGGCAGCCUCUCUCAUCAAGAAGUGGCUGUAUUUACUAAUUCUACGCUGAGCCAGCUAUCAAAAAGUUCAUCAUUAAAUGUAUGUGCUAUGUCUUUUGAAAGGUUGAAACUGCACUGAUAAACUGACUCAUAACUCAUCAGCCUCUGUCAAGCUAGCAGGAAAAAAAAAAGCCCUCGGGUCAGCAAUUAAAAAGCUGUCGUUUUCUUCUUUGAAAAAUAUUCAAUGAUGUGGCUAUAAAACAAACUACUAAUCAUAAGAGUCAGUUAGUUAGCCAGAAUCAUGCAUAAUCAAUGGCAUCGAUGACGCUAAUGCUAACCAAUGCGUUAUAGCUACAUUUCCGUGGAACAUUUCUGCCAGCAGUUUGAUUCCUCGUCGUAACAUGGCAGUAGUCUAAUCUACUAUUUAUAUUUGUUAUUAUUCAGAUAUUUCCUGAAUAAUCCAAAAUCAAAGUAGACCCGGUGGGGGGGAAAAAAAAAAAAAAGCAUUCUAAUGCUAGCUGGAGUGCUCUCGCUACUCUUUGUUGACGCGUCUCAGUUAUUGGUAUCAAAAAAAGUUCCUCGUUGUGACACAUCAAUAAACAUCUUUAAUUUGAUAUUAUUAAUUUGCUGCUUUAAUUUGAUGACUAAUCAUGAUUUUAUUUUUUGUUACAAUUAUCAGUCAUAAUCAUUGUGUACACCCAAUGAAAAGGAAUGCGCCGAAACACAAAUGUUCAGUUUCGCAUUUCUACUUAUCGUCAAGCUAUACCAGUUUGAAUAUUUAAUACUUAUUGGUCUGAAUCAUACUACUGUGCUAACAACACCUUUUAAAUAUGAGUGUGAGCCAUAAUCAAUGUAGAUCUAUGGUAAAGAAAAUGGUAAUGCUAACCAAAGCGCUUUGAAUUAUUUUCUGUGUAGCUUUUUUGUUAUUAGCAAUUUUGAGUUAUGAUUGCUGGUCAACAAUCAUAUUUCAUUUUAUAGAAUGUUCUUUAUGUCACGCUAGCUAUGUUGGCUAACAAUAUAAGCGAGCUAACUAUUUAUUCUGUCAUGUUCAUCCAGUUGCACCCAAUAGUUUUGGUUUUGAAUUUUAACUAAACUACAAAUUAUAAGUCAGCAUUAGCACACCUUACCAAUGUCGACUUAGUUCAAAUAUUGAGCUACUGCUCACCAAAGCGCUUUAGCAACUUUUCAGUGUGUAUUUUGUUAUCCUUAUUUGUGUCAAAUCCUACCAGUUUUGCAAUUUGUGGCUGCACAUCAAUAAUCGUAUUUAAUUUUUUCAUUUAUUUUUUUUCCAGUGAAGCUAGUUAUGUCGGCUAACAACAAGGAGCUAACCAUUUAUUUUGUCAUUUUAGAUAGAUAGACAACACCACAUAAUUUUUCAGAUACUGUGUAAAUCUUACUUUGUAAUUUAUUAACUUAUUUAUUUAACUGUAACCACUGCUGCGUUGUCCCAAUAUUAAACAUAUCCCACCUAUUUGUUUAGUAGAAAGAUUUCAGAAGUAGCAUAGUAUACUGUAGCUUGAAUUAUUUUUUUCCUUCACAAUAUAAAACAUUGUUGCUGUCAGGUGGAAUCAGGUUAGCAAUACCACUGCUUUUAAGGAAAUAAUAAUAAUAAAAAAGAAACAAAAAAUGCCAUCUUGCUUGAGUUCCCAAACACUACUUUGUUCAAGUUGGUAUUAUACCUUAUAUUGGUAUUAUAUACUGUUACACACGCACACCAACACAACAUCAGCCCAAAAUAAUGUUCAGUCAUUAAUUUAUUACGUGGGCAUUGAUCAAAAUGGUACAAACAUGGCACCGGGUGCCAGCUCGCACAUCAAAAUCCACAGUCAAUACGAGCCCCUGACCAGACAAAAAAGCCUAUUUAAUAUGUCACGAAAGCAAACGCCUGUGUAACGUCAUCAUCCCAAACUCUUUUUCAAUGAUGCAGAGCCAUGAGCGAUGCGAUUUAAUAUUAAGGCGGAUAUUAAUGUUUAAACUUACCUCAGAGGCUGACGAGCAUCCUUCUGCAACGAAGCAUUACAGCAUUUAAUUUUAACUAAAGCCUACUCAAUUCUAUCAUGGACAUCACUACUUUUCGCUCGUUAUUGUCUAAAAACAAUCACCGCAUGGUUUCUGUAGAAUGAGGAAAUAGGCAGAGUUUCACAACACUUCUCAGACAUUUUGAGCGUUCAAGAGCAUCAAUAGAUUAGUUCUCAGGCUAUUUCCACCACUUUAAUGGUUAAUAUUGUGUAAAAAUACGAGACAAAGUUGGGACAGACUAAUAAUAUCCACCCAUCCAUCCAUUUUCUGAGCCGCUUAUCCUCACAAGGGUCGAUUUGUGAAAAAAUAUCAAAUUUACCAAAUUUGGACAUUUCUGCCCGACAGCGGUGAUAUUCAAGUAACUCACGGUGAUCCAGGUCCAAGUCAUAUGUGUUUAUUACUGUUUGAAGCUAAUUCCUUGCAUGUUUUUCCUCCAUAUUUGCAUGAUAUUGCAUACAUACUGUACAGUUGGUAUUAGAGUAAAACUAGAUCACCUAAUCUCGUACUGUAUGUAUGUUUUUGGAGAUGAAUUCUAAAGGCAGAUUAAGGUUUGGAAAUGGUCUCAUGGAGAUUGAUAUGUGUGAAAUCCUCUGGUAUAAACAGUAGCAAGCCAUAUUGUAAAUUGUGUUGUUUUGAUAGACUGCUAGUAAAAGAAGACUGAUGUACAUAUACAAACGGAGACUUGCACAAUAACCCGCAAUAAUCAAUGGUGUGACGUGAGAAAUGAAUGCUGGAAUGCAUCCUUUAAUGUCCAAAGACAAUCAUUUCAAUAAAACAAUUGCAUAUGUAUAGACAGA